AUGGAUAAGGAUAACAAGCACCACGGCUCGAGAACAAUAAGGUUGCCUCGGUGGUUUUCGAGGAAGCACAAGGGAGCAGAUCCAUUUCAAUUGAGUGUGAUAUCAGAUGGUGGCGAAGAGAAUGAUGAUCACAUGGAUGGCGUCGAUGAUGGAUCAUCCCAGAUGGAUCCAUGCGUUUCGACCAAUGAAUUAAGAGUUUUUGUUGGAACAUGGAAUGUGGCCGGAAGGUCCCCUGUGGGAAGUUUAGCUGUAGAUUUGGAUGAAUGGCUGAAUCUCAAAGAUGCAGCAGAUAUCUAUGUCCUUGGAUUUCAAGAAAUUGUACCGUUAAAGGCGAAAACUGUAAUUGGAGCAGAAGAUCCAACAGAAGCUACCAACUGGAACCUACUAAUUGGAAAAACUCUUAAUAACAAAUAUGGAUGUCCGUGGUUAACGCCUUUGGUGAAUAGAAUCGCUACUGAGAAUAAUCAUGAAGAAGGAAUUCCUGACUCUGAAAGACGACCUAGUAUUAGUGGUCCGACCACAACUACAAUGUUUGGGCAGCAAAGUAAGUACAAAUUAAUGGCUAGCAAGAAGAUGGUGGGUGUCUUUAUAAGUGUAUGGAUGAGAAGGGAAUUGCUCGAAAAAUACAACAUAGCAGGAGUGAAAGUUUGUUCGGUGGCUUGCGGUAUCAUGGGUUACUUAGGUAACAAAGGAUCAGUUUCCGUCAGUAUGUCAAUUGAUGGAACAAGUUUUUGCUUCAUAGUAGCUCAUUUAGCGUCUGGCGAGAAGAAGGGGGACGAAGGGAGAAGGAAUCACCAGGUGUCUGAGAUUUUUAGGCGCACAUAUUUUCCGCGCCUACCUGAAGACGAAGAUAAUCUUCUUCCACUUACCAUCUUAGGGCACGAUCGAAUAUUCUGGUUUGGAGAUCUCAACUACAGACUAUAUUUAGAAGAUAACAUGGCAAGGCAUUUCAUUAGACAACAAGAUUGGACAGCAUUGCAGAAGUUUGAUCAAUUGCGGAGGGAACUAGAUGAUGGUGGUGUAUUUCAGGGUUGGAAAGAGGGAAACAUAGAAUUCGCACCAACAUACAAGUAUUCCUCCUCAAACUGCAAUAGAUAUUCAGGAGCAAUUCCAAGUAGAGCAGGAGAGAAGCAAAGAACUCCAGCGUGGUGUGACAGGAUUCUGUGGUAUGGUAAAGGAGUCAGGCAACUUUCCUAUUUCCGCAGUGAAAGUAAGUUCUCUGAUCAUCGGCCUGUCUCAGCGCUUUUCUGUACACGAAUUGAAGUGGUGAAAUCUGCCAAUCCAAGGUUUGCAGCAAUUCCCAUGACAUUCCUCCCAAGAACUCCUAGCAAAACUCAUGGGCAGGAGAGCGCUAUCGAAGAGGUCCCAUCAACAUUGCUAUCACUAAUUGUCGGGGAUAUGGAAGUUUCACCAACAUAUAUGCAAGCUUGUAUAUCAAGUAGAUGA